AUGUCUUCACCUUCCGCGGCAACGACUCCGAUCAAGCGGAGCUCGUCUAGUGAAGAUGAGAACCCAAUCAUCAAAAGACAGAAGACGAAUAGCGACGCGGCAAAAAGUUCCCCUGCCGCCGACGAUGAAGAGCCAAGCCUGCCUGGCGCGACCAAAGUCACCAUUCCUUCUUUGGAUUAUCAAGCAAAAAGUGGCCUCGAAAGAAGUAUAGGACUGGCACUGCAGCAAGUUGGCUUUGAUUCCGCUACCCCGGAAGCGAUGCAGGGCUUCUUGGGGGCCGUAGAGACCUACAUGGCCUCCAUGAUCGCCGAUACCAAACGUGUCGCUCUAGCAGCACGAAGGGAGCAGCCGACUCCAGCGGACUUCGAGUCCACGAUGCGACGCUACACUCUGAAGACGAAGGCGCUGAGGCCUCACCUCCGUCAUCCCGUACCAAAAGCGAAGCUGGACGUGGAAUAUUUUAAUCCUUUGGUCGAUGAUCCGGAUGCGUAUACAACUUUACCUCUCCUCGGCGAGGAGCUGAGCGGCAAGCCCGAGAAGGAAGCCAAGUCGUACAUACCAAAGUCCUUCCCCGACUUUCCCAGCAAACAUACCUACAAAUACACACCCAAGGAAGAUGACAACGGUCGUGACCCCCAAAAGACAAGGGAAGAGGCGGCCAAGGCCUCGAAGCAAGGAGAGGAGGCCCUUCGAGGCCUGGUCCGAGCGGCAAAGGUCCGAAAGCAGAAGGAAAUCAGAUCUCUGUCGGAGCGCGAUCCUAUGACCAAGGAGCGCUAUUCGCUUUGGGCUGCCGCUAUGGAAGGUUUCGUCAAAAAGGAAGGCGGCGCCACCGGCCAACAACUCGAGAUUGCCGAUCAUAGCAUGAUUGUCAACUCGGACGCCCGGCAUUUGCGCAGAGAAGUGCAGCGACAAAGCAAACGAGCCGCCGGGCAAAGCUAG